UUGCCUUCUGAUUACAGCAAAAAGGAACACGUUUCACCAACCACUGCGGCACCGGUUCCUGGAUGGGGAAAUCUAUCAGAGGCUGAUGUCAAGCUUCUUAUUGAAAAAAUGAGUAUCGUCCCUUCAACUAAGACAGCGGAGCUUCGUCCAAAGGACGAUAAGGUCAACAAGCCCGGUGAAAAUAUUUCCAGACUUCUGGAGAAGACAUUUCGACACUAUGAUAAAAAAAUAAGACCAUAUUAUGGAGUUCGAACCCUAGAUGUAGGACUCAACAUGCUGUUUUUGUCAUUCGGGGAACUCAGCGAAACAAACAUGGAGUUUACUGUAGAUAUGUAUCUAGGGCAGUUCUGGACCGAACCACGGCUUGCAUUUGGACUCAACAGGACCAUAAUCCUCAGUGGCCCUGCUUCAGAAAAGCUGUGGGUUCCUGAUACAUUUUUCUGCAAUUCUAUCGAUACUAAGAUCCAUACUUUGAUAUUCUCAAACAAGAAGGUCUGGAUAGACCUGAUGAAUGGGACAGUCAUGCUAAGUGCAAGAUURACUACUAGGAACUCAUGUAAAGUGGACUUGAGAGAUUACCCAAUGGAUGAACAAACAUGCCAUCUGCCUAUUGAGAGCUUUUCCUAUGAGGACAAGGACCUCAAGUACACUUGGAGAGCGCCGUUUGGAGUUGGUACAGAUAUUUUCAUCUACGACACUGAGAUGGCGCAGUUUGAAAUUGUGAGCGCAAAGAGAUUCCUAAAACAUCCUGUAUACCAUUCAGAUAUGUUUUCUGGUCUGACCGCAACAGUUCGUUUCCGUCGUCGAUCCUUGUACUAUAUUUUCCAGAUGUACAUACCUUGCAUUUGUGUGGUGAUUGUCUCUUGGAUUGCGUUUUGGAUUGAUCAUAAAGAAGGUUCCGAACGAGUUGGUCUUGGAAUCUCAGCGCUGCUUACUAUUAGCUACAUGAGAGGAUCUAUGAAUGCUGGGAUGCCUCGGGUGUCUUACUUGAAAUCCAUUGAUUAUUUCUUAUUGACGUCGUUUGUGUUUGUCUUUAUGUCUCUUAUCGAGUACGUGCUUGUGAUAAAGGAGUUUAGAAAAGGAAAAAGAAAAGGAAAACCUGAAGUACCGGAGAUUCUCCCUGGCACUCAGAUUGAAAACGAGGAAAAUGAGCCCAUGAUUGUAACAGUAACAUCAGGAAACAAGACAUUUCGUUUUCAUGAUCCAGUGGAUGAUUAUGAUGUAAUGUCUAACACAGAAGCUGAACCAAAACUGAACAACCAGCAAAACUGUGUCAAAUACAAUUCACAGAAAUCUAGUGUCCAGUUCUCCAAUCAUAAUAGGACUCCCGGACGUCGGCGACCGAGCCGUCGUGAUUUCCAAAGAAAAUCAUCUGUUGCUCGGUUCAUUACUAAAACAGCCAAGACAGUACGACCAGAGAAAGGCGUACAUACUCUGGACAAAUACUCACGAGUCGUGUUCCCCAUCUCUUAUAUUCUGUUUUUGAUUAUCUAUUUUUCGGUUCAAUAUCAAUUGGGGUCGAGCUAACGUUUUAAAUGAAACUGCAAGAAACCCUUGUGGAUGUGAUUUGAAAUAAAGACAGAGAAAGAGAGUGACAUGCGGCUGCUUACUGCAAUACAGGCUGGCAGGUUUCAGCCAUAACUCCAUUUAGUCGUAUACCAUGGUACCGAAAAUCAUUAUCUAUAUACCUUCCGUUGUAGCUUGGGUUGCGGUCGGCGACUGAAGAAAUGCACAAGAAUGUCGUUUUGUUCUUUCUCGGAUGGAAAUCAUAUGUUAACAUAAAAUAAAAGUCCAUUGUAAAUACUGAUGGAAUUCAUUUAAUACAUCGAAUGCAGCGUCAGUAUUCUAUCUACAUCGGCUCUACAUAUCGGUAGCUUUCAAUAAAAAGCGGUGGAAAAGCAAAAUGCUAGGAAAGAUGCCGCCAACACUUGCUACGGACUAAAAGGUAGCUACACUUUGAAAAUUUCAAGACUUUCGCAUAGCUAAUUUGAAGAAAGUUAAUUUCUCCACCAGAACGUGGCCAUGGCAGAGCUUGGAAAACGUUGUAGGCAACGACAUAAAUGAUAACAUAGCCAAGCAGGGUAUGUUUUAAUCCUGCUUUAUGUUUGAUUAUAUUAAGACUGCAGCAAUGUUUUGUGUAUUCACUUGAUGURAAAAAAAGUACUCACAAUGUACGUUUUAAGAAUAGAAUAAUGAGAUGAUAUAAAGAAUGAUGAAUAAUAUGUUUYUUUUG